UGAGUGUGUAAAUUUAAACUGAACUAAAUACAGUCACAUCUAUUUGGAUAACUAACUUAAAUUGUGAAAGUAGUUAACGUUAAAAUGAUCUUGCUCGCUAACUACUGAACUUUGUUAGACAUGCUUAUCUAGCCAGGUAACGUUAGUGUGUGCAUUUCGAAAUGAAUGGCUGCACGUGGUGGGCGAGCUUGGGAAGUUACUGCCAGCAGAUAAAUGGCAUGACAAGUAGCUAACCACCUAGCACUGGCCUAGAUGGCAGCUGAUUUACUGAGAUCACUAGCUAUUCAUGACUAACGUUUUCUUCCAAGAACCACAUUUGUAGAUCAUGGAUGACUGGGAUGAGGGUACGACAACCACAAGUAAUGCAAGUGGAAUGAGUUCGUGGACCAGUGUUGGCCAAAGUUCCAGUUUUGGGAGAUCGACUGAUAAUAAAGUCAGCUCCUGGAACAGUGGAGGUGGCGGCUUUGGUGGGGGCAGAGGAGCUGAUGAGAAUGGGAAUGAAGUGUUCUGUUCAGAUAAAGGCAGCUCCUGGAACACUGGUGAAGGAGGCUUCAGGGGAAGAGGCAGAGGGGGCGGCAGAGGAUCAAGGGGAGGAGGCUUCCGAAACGGGGAUGAUGGCAAUGAUGGUGGGUUUGGAGGUGGCAGAGGUGGCAGGGGAGGCUUCCGAUCAGGUGGUGGUGAUGAAGGCGGAAGAGGAGGAUUUGGCGGAGGAGGUUAUCGUGGACGAGAUGAGGAAGUAUUCUCUAAAGGUUCAACCAUGGCUGGGGAGGGUGGUGAAGAUGGUGAAAAUCCAGGUCCCCCAAAGGUGACCUACGUGCCUGAAGCCCUCUGUGAGGAGGAGUCGUCCAUUUUUGCCCAUUAUGAGUCGGGCAUCAACUUUGACAAGUACGAUGACAUCCUGGUCGACGUCAGCGGCAGCAAUCCGCCAAAGGCAAUCAUGGCUUUUGAAGAGGCUGCCCUGUGUGAAUCUCUGAACAGGAACGUCAUUAAGUCUGGCUAUAAGAAGCCCACCCCAGUACAGAAGCAUGGCAUCCCCAUCAUCUCCGCUGGCCGGGACCUCAUGGCCUGCGCCCAGACUGGAUCUGGGAAAACAGCUGCGUUCCUGCUACCCAUCCUGCAGCAGCUGAUGGCAGACGGCGUGGCAGCUAGUCGGUUCAGCGAAGUGCAGGAGCCAGAGGUUAUCAUAGUGGCCCCAACCAGGGAACUCAUCAACCAGAUCUACAUGGAAGCCAGGAAGUUUGCCCACGGAACUUGUGUGCGUCCAGUGGUGGUUUACGGAGGCAUAAGCACCGGUCACACCAUUCGUGAGGUACUGAAGGGCUGCAAUGUGCUGUGUGGGACUCCAGGAAGACUGAUGGACAUUAUUGGAAGAGGAAAGAUUGGCUUGAGCAAGCUGCGUUACCUGGUGCUGGACGAGGCUGACAGGAUGCUGGACAUGGGCUUUGAGCCUGCGAUGCGCAAGCUGGUGGGGUCCCCAGGCAUGCCAGCUAAAGAGAACCGCCAGACCCUCAUGUUCAGCGCCACCUACCCCGAGGACAUCCAAAAACUGGCUGCGGACUUCCUGAAGAAGGACUAUCUGUUCCUUGCUGUGGGCGUGGUGGGCGGAGCCUGCAGUGAUGUGGAGCAGGUUGUGGUUCAGGUGACCAAGUUCUCCAAAAGAGACCAACUACUAGAGGUCCUCAAGACUACAGGGUCUGAACGCACAAUGGUCUUUGUAGAAACCAAGAGGCAGGCUGACUUUAUCGCAACAUUCCUGUGUCAGGAGAAGGUUAAUACUACUAGUAUUCACGGUGACCGUGAGCAGAGGGAGCGAGAACAGGCGCUCGGCGACUUCCGCUCAGGAAAGUGUCCUGUCCUGGUGGCCACCUCUGUUGCUGCCCGCGGACUGGACAUCAAGGAUGUCCAACACGUAGUCAACUUUGACCUCCCCAACAACAUUGACGAGUACGUCCACCGCAUCGGGAGAACAGGCCGCUGUGGGAACACCGGGAGAGCUGUGUGUUUCUUUGACCCGGAGGCCGACGGCAACCUGGCACGCUCCCUGGUCAAAGUCCUGUCUGGGGCCCAGCAGGAGGUGCCCAAAUGGCUGGAGGAAGCGGCCUUCAGUGCUCAUGGCACUACAGGGUUCAACCCAGGUGGGAGAACCUUUGCCUCCACUGAUAGCAGGAAGGGGGGAUCUUUCCAGAGCGACAGGGCGAGUCAACCAGCUGCUCCCCCCAGCGGUGGCUUAGAUGACGAUGAGUGGGAGUGAUAAUGCACCUCUGUAAUUUUUUUGUUUUUGUUUUUUUGUUUUGUGUGUUUUCAAACUGUCAUUUUUGGUUCAAUUUAAAUUUUGUUUGAGUGUUUUAUUAUAUUGUUUAAAGAAAAUAAUAAUUUUGCACUCCGCUUGAUAUUUCCGGAAAUGUGCAUGCUGGUAGUCCUGGAUAGGGGAGAUCCUAUUACUGUCAACCACGGGUUCAAAUCUGUGGGCUUGAGAUGAAGCUUCUCAAAUGUUCUAGUUAUUACUAGUGCUACUGGCUCUUGUGGUUUGAAUUGCGAAGCGUCACUUGCACAUAUAUUUUCCUCUUUCACACAAAUGUUUUGCCUCCCUCAAAAUGUUGCAUUUACACCCUGGUUAGUGUGUUGAACUAAAAACGAUCUAGUAAUGCUUGUCUGUCCCCAGAUAAUACCUGUAAAGCGUUGAAUUUCAGUAAGGAUUCUGCAGUUGGACCUAACUGGGGUUCUGUUAACCAAUCUGAGGUGACCCAUGUUUCGGAUCGCUUAUUGUAACCUCGAUGUACAAGAGUGCUUACGUUUGUAGAAAGAUUAAUGGCAUUUUGUGCCAGACGAAAUUAGUAAAUACAUUUGAUUUACUUGAUGUUUGUUUAAUUCAUGUAGACGUUUGAAAUAUGGAUAAAGUCAUUUUAUUGAAAGUAAAGAAUGUCUUGGAUAA